CGAAGUAGUUGCCAGUCAUCUUUUUGUUUUUGGUCUAUCCGCAUAUUUACAAGUUCAAGUUUACAAAACAGGGAGAGAAACGUUUAACACAACCACAAAUCUACAAAUAUGGCUGUACGCGUUAUUAAUGACGAAUCGCAUUUCCAAGCGGAGCUCACCCAGGCUGGUGUACGACUGGUUGUAGUUGAUUUUACAGCCUCCUGGUGCGGUCCCUGCCAGAGAAUUGCUCCCAUGUUUGAGCAGUUCUCCACUAAAUACCCCAGGGCCAUAUUCCUGAAGGUGGAUGUCGACAAAUGUCAGGAUACGGCAGCUGGGCAGGGUGUCUCGGCCAUGCCAACAUUCAUAUUCUAUAGAAAUAAGACCAAAAUCGAUAGAAUUCAGGGAGCGGAUGUCAAUAGUCUGGAAGCAAAGAUACAGGAGCACAUCGGUUCGAGCAGUGGUGAGGAAGCCGGCGAAGAUUAUGGUCAAGGAUUGAUGGAAUUGAACACCUUCAUCUCGAAGCAAGAAUGCGAAUGCCUUAACGAGGCCGAUGAUCAUAAUCUAAAGCAUGCACUGGCUUCCGCCGGUGGUUACUUGCAAUCCGAUUGUGAUGAGCAAUUGAUCAUGUCCAUUACAUUCAAUCAGGCGGUUAAAAUACAUUCUCUGAAAUUCAAGGCACCCGUCCAAUUGGGACCUAAAGAUGUGAAAUUGUUUAUUAAUCAACCGCGUACCAUUGAUUUCGAUAUGGCCGAAUCCAUGAGCAGUGUUCAGGAUUUGACUUUGGCUCAAAAGGACUUGGACCAGGGCCAACCCAUUAAUUUACGUUAUGUGAAAUUCCAAAAUGUCCAAAAUAUUCAGAUCUAUGUCAAGAAUAAUCAAUCUGGCGGAGAUGUCACACAAAUUGACUAUAUUGGCUUUAUCGGUUCACCCAUUAUGACCACCAAAAUGAACGAUUUUAAACGUGUGGCAGGCAAAAAGGGUGAAAGUCAUUAAAACGAGAGGUGGGUGAAUAAAAACAAACAGACUACAACAAGAGCUGAGGAGAUCCCCUGUAAUUGAAAUUUCUGCGUUUCAGUUUUAUUUUGUGUUUUCCAAUAUUUCGAGACUAAACUAAAUUUCAAAAUAAAAAUUGAUAUAAGUUAUAACAAUACAAACAUGUACACCCCUAACAAAGACUUUAACUGUCAUAAGCUCAAUGAAAUAAUUUUUUUUUUUCAAUAA